GAUCAUUACAGGAUUUAUAAACGUAAGGAUAUUUUACUCUAGUGAAAUGUAAAUUGAUUAUUUUAAUGCGUCCGAGAAAGUUUGUGGCCAAAGGAUCGAGACAUCCUAAAAUUCAUAUCGACCAUAACGUACCCUUAAAAGUUGCUCUGGCUUUCAUCUUUCUUGGUGCAGCAGUGGUUAUUUUAACGAUAAGUUUGGUAGCUUUAAUAGUCUCAGUUAAAGCGCGAUUUGAAGGUUUAACAGCUACAAUCAACAGUUUAACAAUGAAAGAAGAAUUUGAUCGUGAACACCAAAAAUUCGUUGUCUCAAGAAGAGAACUUGAGAAGGAAUUUGUAAUUCAAACUGAUAGACUGAAUAAAAAAGAGAAGGCUGGUAACGAUAGAUUGACUGAUCUCAAGGAUUUACUCAGCAAAUUAGGGGAAUUUGAAGCAGAUUUGCAGAAAAUAGCGUUAAACUUGAGCCUAAAAUAUUCAGAUCAAAGUGCUAAUUCUCACAAACUGGUUAAAGAAAAUUGCGACAAGCUAAAAAAGAAAUUGGUACCAGUUCAGAAAGAAACUGCGGAAUUGAAAAAUAAAAUGGAUAACUUACAGAAAUCGUUGCAAGAAGCCGAUAUGAAAAUUGCAACCUCAAGCUGGCAGAAUUCCUUAAAAGAAAGUUUUCCAAAAAAUUUCAAAUAUUAUCAACUUGGUGGAUAUCCAGCACCUAACUUGCUUUGGUCAUUUCUGGAUUGGAGUGUUGACUUGCCUUCAAAUCGUAUGUUCAUAAAAAUUUCAGAUGAUGAGAGCCAGUUUGGACAAUCUUAUACUGGUCAAACUCUGCUUGAAUCAGCGUUUGAAUUGGAAUUCACGCCAAAUCCGGUUGCCAACAACGAAUAUUUCUUGAAAUUUAAUCCUAAUAUAACUGGAACUCUCAAUCUGACGCACGAUUUUAGCGAAAUUGAUCCUUUGGUGCCAAAAUCUCGUAGAAUAACCAUUUGGAAAUUACAGAAUUAGUGAAAUUAAAUUUUAAAUUUUCAAAAUCAA